AUGCAGGAGCUACAUGGUCUACGAGUAAGUUGUUGUAUAUAUGCCUCAUCGUUGCUCUCAGUCGUCGCCACUGACAUUACAAAGAUUUUCAUAGUUGCGAAAUCUCGUAAACAUAGGCCCAGAAGAGAGCCAGAGCAUAGGGGUGCAUGCUACAAAGGCUUCAACUCUCUUUCUUUAGUAAAGCGUGUCAUGGUACCUAUGGAAAUUCCUAUUGCCAGACCCACCUCAUCGCCCAAACCUGAGACAUCUCACGUGGAAGUCAACGUAAGCACCCUUCCGCCUGCCAAUUUCCUGGCAAAUCGAUAA